CCGAGUUGUCUUGUUGACCUAGAAAUAUACUAGUUGCCUCCGUGUAACAACAUUGAGCUUCACAAAAGUUGAGAGACAGCAGGAACUAAGUGAAACCGGUUAUUGAAGUGGAGCAGGUAUCAGAUGACAGUGAUGUGGUUUCUCUGCAGAAGCGAUGAGACCUCCAGAAGUGCCUGUUUCAGUUCUUCACAUAAGCUCACUCGGUCAUCUUUUAUUGAGUGAGAAGAUCCAGUGAAGAAGAUCCAACGACUCCAGUAGAUGGCGAGAUUCCCAGCUUGAUUUCCAGUAACCUGGAUCUACUUUGCCACUGAACCAGCCGGAUGAACUAUCUGCUUUGUGGUCCUUCCUUUACUCCCCGUACACCGCUGGACUCGUAAACACAGCAGCAGCUUGCCUGCAGUCAGCAGCAUAUGUUGUUUUCUGCUAUUAGGCGAUGCUAUAUUCAUCUGUGAGAAAAGGGUUGGGGUGAAUAAAAUGGGGGAAGAAAGUGUUUGCAUAUUUUAUUUCCCCCCGCUGAGUGCACAGCCUCUUGUAAUGUACGCACGUAUGAAGCUAUACACUGAGGAAGUGAAAUAUGAUUGUGCUCUGGUGCCUUACUGAAAAGCACAUUUAUUACAACGGUUUAAACACAGUGGGGAUUAAAGCAGACAGUACUGCUGUCUUUAUGAUUAUGUCAUUAGUUGAAGUUAUUAAUGGGAGCUAUGGGGGUGUUUAAAUUAUUUUGUCUUCGCUGGGCAGAACUGUGUGCAUAUGUGUGUGUGUGUGUGUGUGUGUGUGUGUGUGUGUGUGUACGUCCCACCUAAUGAGUUCAGAACAAUUUGAGAGUUUUGCAGCAGCUGUCACACAGUGGAUCACCAAUGGCAUGUUUCAGCAUCCCUCCUCUCUAAGCCGACUGCAUUCUGCCAGAGGAGAUUUGUUCACAAGGCAGAUAAAAGAGGAAGAUAAAGAGGAAGAGGAGGGAGGAUUCGAGGAGGAGGAGGAGGAGGAGGAGAGUUGCUGGGGCUCGGAGCUACAGCUCUGUAUUGGCCGUUUGAACGAGAGGGGUUGGGUCUCUCUCCAUCUCUCUCACCACCUCCACUGAGAAGCAGAGUGAGCAGCUCACACACAGCUCACGCACACACACACACACACAGAGAGGCUGGAAGGACCAUGUCAGGACACGGGACAGACCAGAACUCGAGGUGCACACACACAUACCUUGCAAGACAGUGAGGAACCAGCAGGAUGAAGACGGCGGCAAAGAGUGAAGACAUCAGAGCGGGACAGGCUGAGGGGUGGACAGAGAGACAGACGGACAAAGAUGUGUGACUGAGCUGCAGUUUCCCCACCUGUCAGAGAAGUUUGAAGGAGUGCUGCUCUCAUGGCGGGACCGCCCACACAGGAGCCCUUGAAGACCCAGCAGAAGUGCAUCGCCAUCUUUGCCCUUCUCUGCUGCUCUGCUGUGCUGUUGGCGCUGAUCUUCUCAUCAGUGGACAUUUGGGGGGACGAUGAGGACGGUAUCACGGAGGAAAACUGUAGCAGAGACUGCCGCAUCGUGCUGGUGGAGAAUAUUCCAGACGACCUCUCUCUCCUCGUGGAUGGCAGACACCACCUCCCUCUCUCAGUUGGCUUUCAUACAUUGUUGGACCUGGCAAAGCACUCAGUUGAGGUGGUGUCACCUGUAUGGGCCUUAAACCCCUGGGACCUGGAAACAACGCCAAGCACUGCCAAACAGGGUCAGCUGUUGUUCCAGAGACUGCUCAGCCUGAAAUCUCGGGGGGUUAAACUGAAGAUUGCCAGCAGUCUGACUAACUCUGCUGAACUGAAGACCUUGGCAGCACACAAUGCAGAGGUUCAUUUUGUUAAUAUGACAGCUCUUAACAGAGGAGGACUACAUUCUUCAUUCUGGAUAGUGGAUCGGAAGCACAUUUACAUCGGGAGCGCUGAUAUGGACUGGAGGUCACUCUCCAAGAGGAAAGAACUGGGGGUGGUGGUGUAUAACUGCAGCUGUCUGGCUCUGGACCUCCAUCGAGUCUUUUCAUUUUACUGGCAGCUCCAUGAGAGGGACUACAUCCCCUCCAUCUGGUCGAAGAGAGUUACAGCCCUUUACGGGAGGCACAGCGCCCUGGAGCUGCAACUCAACGCCACAGAGGCCGCUGCUUAUGUGUCUACCUCUCCUGAAAUCUUCUGCGCUAAAGAUCGAACCAAAGAUGUAGAUGCCAUCUAUCAAGUCAUCCAGAGUGCAAAGACAUUUAUCUUCAUAUCCGUGACGGACUACCUCCCUCUGGUGAGCAGGAGUUUCAGAGGAACCUCAGUCACAAGGUACUGGUCAGUUAUCGAUGAGAUGAUCAGAGAGGCUGUGGUACUGAGAGGAAUCCAAGUUCGCCUGCUGAUAAGCUUCUGGAAGAAGACCCACCCCCUCACUUUCAACUUUGUCACCUCCCUCAAGUCGCUCUGCAUGCAGCUGCACAACUGUUCAUUAGAGGUGAGGUUUUUUAGUCACAAGGAGCGAGAGCAUGAUAUUCAACAUGGGCUCAAUCACAACAAGUACAUGGUGACCGACAACGCUGUCUAUAUUGGUAACCACGACUGGGUUGGGAGUGACUUUGCCAUUAACACAGGAGUUGGACUGGUGGUCAAGAUGAAAGACAGUCUUAAAGACAGAGGAGUGACAAUCCUGGAACACAUCAGGGCUGCGUUUGAGAGAGACUGGAGGUCACGUUACGCUAAGAGCCUGCAAGGAAGCAAAGAGCAGCAGGGCAAAUACAGAAACCUGCUACAAACGAAAAUUCACACGGAGUCGAAUGAGGAAAACAAGUGGAACUACCCUUUAUCUUUAUAAGCACAGAAUGUCUUCCUAUAUCUGAAAGCCUCGGAAGGAUAAAUACUCUAGAUUUUGCAGCACAUGUACACAAUAUGAGAAUGUGACUUACAUUAUUAGACUUCACUUUAAUUUUAUGACAUUAUUUUAAUAUAUUCAAUUACAGUCAAUAACGACAACAUUGAGGUAAUAAUUUGACUCACUAAAGUUGCAAGUUACAGUAAUAGUAUCUACUUAAUCAAAUGUUUACACUAUAUGAGCAUGCUAUGCUGCAUGAAUAUUGAAAGCAAUAUUCAAAUUCAAACUAUAUACUGGGACAAGCAAUAUGCUGAUUAUAAAAUCAAUAUGCUCUAUGUGAAACUUAUCUAAAUCCAUAAACAUACCCCAUCAAACUCAAAACAAAUCACAUUUAGUAUUUAAUGAUGACGCACUAUUUUUGUUUACAGUUUUAAUUUGUAUUUUAUAAACUUUGUAAUACUUUUUUUGCAUAGCAUUUAGGACUAUAUUGCCUUCAAUUGUAAUGAAUUCAGUUUCUUGAAUGCACAAGCUUAAGCAGUAGUUUUACAGCUGUUUAUCAUCUUAUCGAAAAUGAUCAUCUGACCUUAUAAAAUAUAUCUUUUUCUUAA